UGUAUUCCUCCUAAUAUUUCAGGAAUAUUCAUCCCUUUUCUCAUUUCACCUCGACACAGCAUACAGAAUCUAACAAUGCUCCUACGUGGCAUCAUCUCCACUCCCCUCCCAUCUCUCCACCUCAAAAAAACAAAUCGAAACGUCUGCGUCUCAGCUCAAACUACUAGUAUCAACAAAUUCUCCAUCUCCGACCAAGAACUCGAAUCCCGUGGCUUCAUUCUGCGCCGUACCAUCUCCGACCUCAACCUCGACCACCUAAACUCGGUGUUCGUUGCCGUUGGAUUCCCCAGGCGGGACCCAGAGAAAAUAAGACUGGCAUUAGAACACACGAACUCUCUGUUAUGGAUCGAGUACAAGAAGACUCAGAAACCGGUGGCGUUCGCUAGAGCGGCAGGUGACGAUGUGUUCAACGCAAUAGUUUGGGACGUGGUGGUGGACCCGUCGUUUCAAGGGAUUGGGUUAGGGAAGGCCGUGAUGGAGAGAUUGAUAGAAGAGCUGUUAGCCAAAGGGAUAUAUAAUAUAGCACUGUAUUCUGAGCCCAGAGUGUUGGGGUUUUAUAGGCCGUUAGGAUUUGUAGCGGAUCCUGAUGGGAUUCGAGGCAUGGUUUAUUCUAGAAAAAACAUAUAAAAGAAAUCAUAAUCUCUCUUUUUUAAUUUUUCAAAACAUUGGUUUUUGGUGAUUCAAUAAUCUUAAUCAAAUAAGACAGGCUCAUGAUUGACCUCUCUUUUCGUUUUGUGAAGUGUGUUAGUUUGGUGGUCAUGUUUAUAACAGUGACUCAAACUGGUUGAUUGGUGCAUCAGCUCAAAUCACACCAAAGUC